CUGUCUUGGAGCUUGAGGUCCCCCCAGAGCCAGACCAGACACAUCUCAGCUCUGUGUAAUAAAGAAAGGCUUUGCAUUAUUUCUCGUCGCCACCCUCGUUCUCGCCGGCGCUGUAGUAGUCUUUACAUACAUACACAUACACACAUACGCUCACGCACAUACACAAACACUCACACUCGGCCUGGCUUCUCUGUACACUAACACGACGUUACCCUACAGAGCUAAACGCCCACCUCUUCGCAGACAUCCCUUCGUCAUACAAACAGUUCUUUUGUCACAAUCUCAAUUUCACAAUUUCCCGCAAUGGGUUCCACAUACCAGCAGAUGCAGGCCUACUACCGGCCGAAUCCCUUAACCGUCGACACAAGCCAGGCACAGAAGUUCUUCGACGAGGAUGACGCCGGCAUACUAGACGAGGGCAUUCUGGACCACAGCACCAUCGACUCGGGCUUAGAGAUGUCGCCCCCCAUGGGCGACAGCCGCAGGGAUUCUUUCGCAGUUGCAGGCGCCUUGUUCUCCCCCAAGACUGAGGAUUGGCACUCGGUGGACAUGCAGUCCGUACCGUCAAACAACCCUUUCCUGGAGCCCCAAAACAACAACCCCUUCACACGGCCCGAUCCGCCACAUGCUGCCUUUGGCUCUCAGAGUCAGACUUGGUCUAUGGGUCACGGAUCUGGGACCUGCACCCCUGUGCAGUACGACGGGCUUGAGGCGACAUAUGACGGUGGUGCAUCCAUCUUUCAGCGACCUCUGCCGAUGCAGACCCCAUUCAGCAACCCCACCGGCCAUGUUCCAUUGUUCUCUGCAGUCGGCCCCAGCAAUUCUUCCAUGCCCACUUCUCCCCAGAAGGAUUGGAUGAGCACCGACUUCAAGGCCCAGGCUUUGAAACGGUCCCAAGUUGACAGCUCUGCCAUCCGGUCACACAACGAGAUGCGUCGUGGCGACGGUAUUCGCAAGAAGAAUGCUCGUUUUGACAUCCCCGCCGAGCGCAACCUUGAUAACAUCGACACAUUGAUUUCGCAGUCAACAGACGAUCAGGAGAUCAAGGAGCUCAAGCAGCAAAAGCGACUUCUGCGCAACCGGCAAGCUGCUCUCGACUCUAGGCAGAGGAAAAAGCAACAUACGGAGCGACUUGAAGAAGAGAAGAAGCAGUUCACCGGCGUCAUCUCGUCUCUCGAAGAAGAUCUUGCAGAUCUUAACGGCAAGCUGGCUCAGCUCCUUCGCGAAAAGGAAUUUCUGCAGAAUCACAUUGAGGACAUGCGCCUGGAGAAGGAGGAAAUGGUUCAGAGACACACCAUCGAGACCGGGGAUCUCCGCAAGAAGGUCAACAUCCUAACAGAUCACGUCCAACGACUUGAACAUGCUGCUAUACCCGGCAACAAUGGGUUUGGCAACGGUUUCAACGACAUGGACAACAUGGCUAUGGAUGGCACUUGGGAGAACAUGACCUACAUGGAAGAUUACUCCAUGGAGCCUGAAGUCAAGCAAGAGCUGCAGAUUAUUCCGAAGAAGCCGGAGAUUACCCUCGCUGCUGAGGUCGAGAAGCCAGCCACUCAAGGCGGCCUCCUGUUCAUGCUAUUCCUCGUCGGUGCAUUUGUUUUGUCUAACCGGUCGACUCCGACCAUCCCUCGGGUAUCGGAAGACAUGCGCGAAGCUUCAGCCACCCUGCUCAACAACAUCCUCAAGGAUGCCGAUGUGGCACAUGCGCCCAACAAUGCCAUCGAGCCUGCUGCUCCCCAACCCUCAGGUGCUACAUGGGCGACCUCCACGUCGGUACCCAUGGCCAACCAUGUGAUGGAUGGCGUAGCUCCGUCGAUGCUUGGGGAUCUUGCCGACUCUCUCACACAGACAACUGAACAACAAGCCAACGAGCAAGUCUUCUCCCUUACUCCGGCCCAAUACAAUGGAAUCACCUCGCAAGAGUUCAUCCGUGCUCCGCAACCCCCUCCCACGACUCACAAGCGCCGCAACCUUGCUGAGGCUCUAGCCAACAUGCGUCCCAACGAGAAGCAAUCAGCGUCCGAGGUGUACACUAGAUCUCUUCUGUGGGAUCAGAUCCCGAGCGACGUUGUGCGAAAUUUCGCCAAGAUGGUAGCUGAAUGCAACGGCGCCAACAGUGGCCAAUCGGUUUGCAACGAUGCAAGCUCCUAACGACUUACGACCAUGUCACGACGAUCAUGAAUUGCAAAAAAAAUAAAACGACCUCGUUCCUUACAGCGAUUUUUAGUCUUUAAUUGCUUCGGUUCUUCUGUGCAUACACUUGACGCUCCCGCGCAAACCAGAUCCGCCACCGCUCACGCAAAACUGGAACCUUAUUCUGAUCUACUUUGUUAUCUCAGUCUCAUUUCCAUGUCGAGAAUAGCAAGCGAGCAAGCAUUUGAAUUUUUGGGCACAUUGGUGAUUUUCAUUUCUUGGGCCAUCGAUUCCGGCCAUUUUUAUUUUCACUUCAUUUUUUUCUUUUUAGCAGUACAUUUGGGUAGCAGCAUGGCGAAAACGGUGGUUGGGACGGUGGUGGCAGGUCGGAGCCAGCACAUUUCUUUGUACUAGGGUCACGGGGCAUUGGGGACACAGGACAGAUGCUCGUCAACGCAGUGUGCAGACAGCAUAUUCAGUCUCAGAUACCUAUUUGGGAGUUUUUUCUUUCCUUGAUUUUUUCUUGGGCUUAUUUGGUUCUACUCCACCAGAGACCGGAGAGACAGAGUGAGAGCUAUGAAUAGCACUACAUACAUAUUUCCAGGG